AUGAAUUCUCCUAUUCAUCAUCUUGCUUAUGAAUAUCGUUCAAGCGUCCUUCCUGCAGUAGCUGUUGGUUUGAACUUGUUUUUGAUACUUCGUUGUCUAUAUAUACAUCGCAAUCACCGAGAAACAAAACCAAAAAUCGAGAGCCAUGAAAUAGAAAAAGUUAUGCCCGCUCUUAUUAGCAACAAGAAAAACCAUAAGAGAACAUCAAAAUAUGGUGGCAGCAACCAGUGUGCGAUCUGUUUGGAAGAAAUCAAGGAUGGUGAAUGCAGCCGACUCUUUCCCAAGUGCAACCACGAAUUCCAUAGAACAUGCAUUGAUACUUGGCUAAUGCUUCACAAGUAUACUUGUCCCGUUUGCCGUAAUUCGUUAGAAGAGGAAAUAUUCUCUAUUUCUGGAGAUGAUCUUGUGUGA